UCUUAUUCUGAGCACGAAAGGGUGAGUUGGAAGCAGAGUUAGUCAGCUUGGAGGGACUGUGGCUAUCAUAAUGCAGUUCUUAGGCACAGUGAUAGUGAUCUCGUCCAUACUGAUGGCUCCUAACGUGGACGCCAAGAUUUUUGAACGCUGUGAGCUUGCAAAGAAGUUGGAGGAGGCAGGUCUCAACAGCUACAAAGGCUACAGCAUCGGAGACUGGUUGUGCAUGGCACACUAUGAGAGUGGCUUUGACACCUCCUUCGUGGACCACAAUCCUGAUGGUAGCAGUGAAUAUGGCAUUUUUCAGCUGAACUCCGCCUGGUGGUGCGACAAUGGCGUCACACCCACCAAGAACUUUUGAAACAUGUAUUGUCAAGAUCUACUCAAUCGGCAUAUUCUGGAUGACGUCAUGUGUGCCAAGCUGAUAGUGUCUUCUAAGAAUAGUAUGAAUGCCUGGGAUUCAUGGAGCCGGCAUUGUUCUGGCCAUGAUUUAUCCAAAUGGCUGAAAGGAUGUGAUGUGAAUAUAAAAACUGACUCACCGAAAAUCAAUUCAUGACUCAAAUUCCCAGGAAUGGAAAUUUUUUUUUCCUUUGUGAGUUUAAUAAAGAAUGGUAUCUGUAGACAAUGCAAGAACCAUUGCCUAUCAGAUGUCUGGUUCUUUUCAUUUUUCCAAUCACUU